ACAUCUUGGAUGACCUGAGGUCAUGUCUUCGGGAUUGUGAGACACUGGACAGCGAAGACCUUGCACAGCAAAGCACUUCAGAGAACCUGUUGCUGGGAGCCUGCAGCUGGUCAGAGGUCAAAGGUAACAGAUGGAACAGUGCAGAUGGAAAGGAUGGAGUAGAAUCCUGUGGGUUUUCGUCUUGAAUUUUCCAGGUUUGGUGUCAGUUGAGGGGUCUGGUCGCUGUAGUCUGUUUAGCCGGCAGCAUAUACACACAUUUGACGGUGUGAUUUAUGAGUUCCCUGGAGACUGCAGCUACAUGCUGGCGGGAGACUGCCAACACAGAAGCUUCUCCAUACUGGGUGAUUUCUCUCAUGGAAAGAGGAAAGGAGUGACUUUAUUUCUGGGAGAAUUCUUCGAGCUUCACCUCUCUGUUGAUGGGACACUGUCACAAGGCGCAGAGAGGCUCCCAUUGCCGUAUGCGUCGAGCUCUGUGUUUGCAGGGUAUGAGCUGGGGUAUGUUCGGUUAUGGAGCGAAGAGUUCGGGUUCUCCAUCCGAAUAGAUCCCUCGCAUAACAUUCAACUAAUGCUCGCCAAGCAGCACAGCAACCGUACGUGUGGCCUGUGUGGAAACUACAAUUAUUUGGUGGAGGAUGAAUACACCGCACAAGAAGGUUUUCUGACAGAUGAUCCAUAUGACUUUGCAAACUCCUGGGCCAUGAAAGGAGCAGAUGAACCCUGUAAACGCAUCUUGCCCCCGUCUCAGAGCUGCAACAGCACCGGAGAAUCAGCUAAAGAUCAGAUGUCACGGUGUGAAGCCAUGAGCAGCUCUACGCUCUACCUGCGUUGUGCUCACCUAAUGGAUGCGGCUGCGUUUGUGUCCGUGUGCGAGUCUGAUGCCUGUCACUGCAGUACGGGAGAUGACUGCGUGUGCCAGGCCAUGCUGGAAUACGCCCGUACCUGUGCCAAUCGCGGCAUAACACUGUCCAACUGGCAUGUACAGAACCAGUGCUCCCCUAAGUGUCCUAUUGGCAUGGAGUACAGCGACUGCACCCCGACCUGUUCCACUUCCUGUCAGAAUAUAAACAUCCAGGAAGUCUGCAAGGAGGAGUGUGUCGACGGCUGCAACUGUCCAGCGGGUAAGGUGCUGGAUGGAGAUCAUUGUGUUGAUGUCUCUCAAUGCUCCUGCAUGCAUGCUGGACGCCGAUACCCUCCUGCUUCCUCCAUAUCGCAGGACUGCAACACAUGCGUCUGUCGCCAUGGAUCAUGGGAAUGCACCAAUGAAGAAUGCCCUGGGGAGUGUCUGGUGACAGGACAGUCCCAUUAUAAGACCUUUGACAAUAAGUUCUUCACCUUCAGUGGUAUUUGUCAAUAUCUGCUGGCUAAAGACUGUCAGAGCAACUCUUUUUCUGUCAUCAUUGAGACUGCACAGUGUGCUGAUGACCAAGAUGCCGUCUGCACACGAUCAAUUACACUGAGGUUCCAUGAUCUGCCCAAACAGACGGUUCGCCUCAAGCAUGGGGGCGUGGUCUCUGUGGAUGGAAUGGACGUGAAGACACCCCUAAUUAAUGGUGCAUUAAGAGUUCAGAAUACUGUGUUGUCAUCUGUGAGACUGCAUUAUGGUGAUGAUCUACAUCUGGAUUGGGAUGGCAGAGGACGUGUUUUGCUCAGACUAAACCCAGCCUAUGCUGGGAAAACGUGCGGUCUGUGCGGUAAUUAUAAUGGUAACCAAGGAGACGACUUCUUAACAGUGGGAGGGCUGGUGGAGACACGCGUCGAAGGAUUCGGCAACGCAUGGAAGAUGAACGCAGACUGUGACAAUGUUCAAUUGCAACCCUCAGAUCCCUGUAUUUUAAACCCUAAGAGAGUACGUUUUGCAGAAGAGGCCUGUGCCGUGCUGCUUUCUGUGAAGUUUGUGCCCUGUCAUUAUGUGGUCAACCCUGAGCCAUAUGUAAAAAACUGCCGCUAUGACGUCUGCUCCUGCGCAGACGGCCAAGUUUGUCUGUGUGAUGCUGUUCGCAGCUAUGCAGCCGCCUGCGCAGCCAAGGGAGUGCUAAUCAACUGGAGGGGACAUGGAUACUGUGAACUGACCUGUCCGGAUGACCAGGUGUAUGAGGUGUGUGGGAGUGUGUGUAAUCAGACGUGCCGCUCUCUGUCGCUGCCUGACGGUGAUUGUGGUGGCUUCUGUGAGGAAGGCUGUUUCUGCCCCAGAGGACUCUUCCUCAGCGACGCGGGCGAGUGUGUGCCCCCCGAACACUGCUCGUGCCACCAUAACGGAGAGAUCUUUGAGCCUAAUGACAUGAUUGGGGACCAUCACUCCAUCUGGGAGUGCAAUAGUGUGGUGGACCCUGAGCCGUACUGGGACAUCUGUACUCAUGACACAUGCUCGUGUCUGUCUGUGGGUGAUUGUGCAUGUUUCUGUAACACUAUUGCUGCCUAUGCUCACGAGUGCGCUCAGAAGGGACUGGUGGUGAACUGGAGGUCCAACGACUUGUGCCCACUGAGCUGUGAGGAGUUGAAUAAGGACGCAGGGGUGGAGUGUGAAUGGAGAUAUAACGCCUGUGGAAGCGCUUGCCCUCCCACCUGCCAGCACCCUGAGCCACUGAGCUGUCCCAUCACAUGUGUGGAGGGAUGCCAUGCUGUCUGCCCACCAGGGCAAGUUUUAGAUGAGGUGCUGAGGAAAUGUGUGGAAGCGUCACAGUGUCAGGUGUGCAUGCAUGACGGAGAGAGAAUCUCCCAUGGAAAACAGUUCAUCCUUAACCAUGACGAUCCUCAUCUCUGCCAGAUAUGUCACUGUGAGAGCACCACGUUGACGUGCGGCCCAUGUCCUGUAACUGGUUUCGCCUCCACACUAACACCAACCACCGUCAGCAACACCCCGACGCCGCUCCCGUUUUCCACCCCGGUGCCUGCCGAUGCCUGCGACAGAGCGAUGGACCUGGCCUUCCUCGUGGACGGCUCCUCUGCUCUGAGUGAAGAAGACUUCGGCUUGGUCAAGCUCUUCAUCCUCCGUGUGGUGGAACGCUUCCGCAUGGGUUCGGCCCAUACUCGCGCCACGGUCCUGCUCUUCCACUCCGGCGUGAAAAGUUACGACAUGCAGGUGCAGAAGUGGAUCUUCAAGAAGAUGGUGCGUGAUCUGCGUUACAGCGGAGGCGAUGUUGCGUUCAUGGACGAGGCCAUAAAAUAUCUAGCCGUCUACAUUUACGAUAAAAACAAGCGCGAGCAUGCGGGCCGCGUCGCUAUCUUGCUGACGGCGAGUGCAAAUCCUCGGCCCAUGCGUAGUACUCAGCGUCUGCUGCGUAAAAAAGACAUCACCAUCCUCACGGUGGCUCUAGGGCCUGACGUCAACAUGGCACAGGUUAAUGAGAUCACGAAAGCCACACCCAGCAGUCGCUCAUACGUGGUGAGCAGCGUGUCGGAGCUGGACGAUGAAGCUCUGGCCAUCACGGACUACCUCUGCACUUUGGGAUUGGAUCCUGAACCCCCAAAGAAACCCUCUACCACAAAGCCCAGCACCACUUCAGUCACCCCAACAACUACCGCCACCUCUAAACUCACUGCCGCCACGAUUCCGCCAACCGCUGCCAUUGUAAACACAUUUCCCAGCAUCCCCAGCCCUGGAACAACAUUUCCUCCACCUACAGUAACAACAUACGAGGUCGUCUUCCUGUUGGAAAGCUCAGAUGCAGUUGGCGAGGAGGGCUUCAAUAAAACACGUGAUGCUUUGGUUGAUGUCGUUGCUUCGCUUGAUCAAAAAGAGGUGGAGAAUCUACGGAUCACAGUGGUGCAGUACUCCUUCACGGUUACUGUGGUGAUCAGCCGCAUGGAAUUGCAGCACAGGGAGCAGGUGUUGCAAAGAAUGCGACAAUUACGUUGGACCAAAGGUGCGGAGGUCAACACAGGCCACGCCAUUCGUUCUGUGUAUGAGACUGUCACUACAGACACACCCAGUAAUAUGCCAGACCAGAUGGUGUUUCUCAUCACACAGAGCCCUCCGACGGACGUCAUUCAGCGGCCUCCGAGCUCCGCUCAUAAAAAAGUGUAUCCGAUUGGGAUCGGCCAACAGAUUCGAUAUGAGGAUCUGGUGCAGUUGAGCUUCCCGGAUGAACCGAUCAUGCUGGAUAAUCCUUCGGAUCUUAAGAUACUGCGGCCCAUGCUGAUCAAUAUCAGUAAAACCAUCAGAAGGCCUGUGCUGCCCACACUGCCACCCAGAGCCACGCUGCCCCCUUCAGUGCCAUGUUCAAAGCCCAUGGACGUGCUGUUCCUGCUGAGAGCCUCUUCUGAUAACCAGUUUGAAGACUUCAAAACAUUUGUGAGAACCUUUAUAAAGGGCACAAAUAUCGGUCGCAAUGACACACAGGUGGCGGUGAUAGUGUAUGGGGCAAAAUCAACAGUUGCGGUCACAUGGAGGGAUGAACAGACAGAAGACAACCUUCUCAAGCUUUUAGAAACCUUACACAGCAAGACAGACAACACACCAAGACUAGGAGCUGCACUGCGAUUGGCCGUGCAGACAGCCAUUUCCUCCACCAGCGGGGGACGGAUGGGCAUCCCUAAAGCUGUGGUUAUGGUGGUGACUGACAGGUCAAUAGACUCAGUGCAAGAGGCAGCAAACGAGGCUCUGACCGCUGGUGUGUCAGUGUUUCCUAUUGGACUGGGUAACCAGUAUGACCAGACUGAACUGAGCACGCUCGCGGGAUGGCACGCUCAGGACAACAUCAUUCGGCUCAGCAGCACAGAGUACCUGCUCGCCAUGGCUGCACUCGACCAGUCGUUCACCGACAAACUCUGCAGGGCGGGUCCUCCUGGAGUGUGUGUGGAUGAUGAAGGGAAUGAACGGAAGCCCGGUGAGACGUGGUUGUUGCCAGACGGCUGUCACUCAGUGCUGUGCAACCCAUCAGGCACGGUAACGGUGCAGAGCCACCGCAUCAACUGUGAGAAGAUGGAGCCUCCCGUCUGCAAAAACAACCUCCCAGCCCUCCGCUACAAUCACACCUGCGGCUGUACCUGGACCUGUCCCUGUAGUUGCAUGGGCAGCUCCACUAGUCACGUUGUGUCAUUUUCGGGUGCGGCUCUGAAACUGAGAGCCGCUUGCUCCUAUUUGCUGCUUCGCUCAGGAGGGGUGGAGCUAGUGUUGCAUACAGCUGCCUGUCAAAGCUCACCCAAUCAGAUCUGCAUGAAGAGUCUGGAGCUGAGGAAGGGUGGAACGAGUGUGGUGCUACGGGAUGACAUGAAGGUGACUGUGGGCGGUGUGAUUACUGCAGUGCCAUUCAGAAGUGAGGGAGUGACUGUGACACAAAUUGGUGCAAUACUGCACCAGCUGAGAUCAGAGCAGCAUGGUUUCACACUCACCUUCACUCCUCACAGCAAUGAGUUCAUGGUCAAUAUGGACAUCACCAUGAAACCUAACACCACUGGCUUAUGUGGUUCCUGCUCUGAUGAUCAGACGGGUCUGGUGUUAUCUGACGGCAGUGUGACCACAGACCCUGACAUGUACCUGAAGGGAUGGGCUCUGGGCGAAUGUGUCCAGCAUCAGGAGGUUCAGUCGUGUGCUGCAGGUGUGGUGAAGGGCUGCGAUGUGUUAAGUUCUGAGGUGUUCAGCCACUGUCACGCACUGGUCCCCCCGCAGGACUAUGUGCAGAUCUGUCGGACCGUGGCCUGCCAGCCUAAUGCGGUGUGUGACCUUGUUACUGCGUACAGCAGCGUGUGCCGUCAACAGGGAGUGUGUGUGGACUGGAGGACGCCCACCCUCUGCCCCAUGUCAUGCUCAGACUCAAUGGAGUAUGCCGCUUGUCGAACCGGAUGUUUGGAGCAGUGUGGACGGAGCCAGUUCAGUCCUGGUGACAUGAUGGGUGAUGGUUUAAUGAAGGGCAAUGGAUCAGUGUGCUUGAAAACUCCCACAGAAGGCUGUUUCUGCCCUGAAGGGUCAGUGUUAAUGGGAGAUAAGUGUGUAAGCAAAGAAACCUGCAGCCAGUGUGUGGACCACCAUGGGAAAACUCACAAGUUUAUGGAAAGCUGGAAUCCUGAGGAAAACCCCUGUCUUCUGUGUGUGUGUCUGGAUCAGCAGCGCAUUAACUGCACAGCGUUACCCUGCACCAACUCUAAAGCCCCAGAGUGUGGACAAUGUGAGGUUCUUCGGGAGAAGACGGGAUCUAAGUGCUGCCCUGAAUAUGAGUGUGUGUGUGACCCGAACUGUAAGCGGUCAGAUCCCCCUCACUGCGAUCACGGGCUCAGUGUCGUCCUCACAAACCCUGGAGAUUGUCUGCCAGUUUACCAGUGUGUUUGCAAAAAGGAUCAGUGUCCUGUGACAACAAAACCAUCCUGCCCUGCAUACAAGAAGCUGUCGGUCACACCGUCAGAGUGCUGCGAUUCAUAUGAAUGUGUGUGCGACUGUCAGAACAUCACUCGCACCUGCCCCCCGGGUUACAUCAUGAAGACAACUGCCAAUGAUUGCAACUGCAUAGAGGUCACCUGCACGCCCGAUAAGGUGUGUGUGGUGGACACUGUGGUCUACCAGGUGGGUAGCAGGUGGGAUGAGAAGUGUAAAACCUGCACCUGCACGGAGCAAGCAGACAGACAGACCGGCCUGCACAUCGCUCAGUGUGUGGACCCCGUCUGCAACCAGAUCUGUCCUCUGGGAACCACAUACUCUCACUCAGAGGACGAGUGCUGCGGUCACUGCCGUAAAUCCAGCUGCGUGGAAGGAGGACAUUUGAGACAGGUGGGAGAGCAGUGGGUGUCUCCGCAGGACAGAUGUGUGUGGAGCGAAUGUGUACAGGUCAAUGAGGAAGUGUUCAUCCAGCAUACAAACGUGUCCUGCCACCUCAUGGACACGCCAACCUGUCCACUGGGCACAGAGCUCCAGUGCAAUACAGUAGAAGACUGCUGCCCGACCUGCCACUGCGUUCCAAUGGAUGUCUGUGUGCUGAAUCAAACGGUUAUUGCGGCUGGAGAGCGAGUGAUGGUGGAUGUGUGCACACACUGCGAGUGUGUGAAAGAUAAGAGGAGUUAUCGGCUCUCUUGCAGGAAGAUGAGCUGCUCCCCCUGCUCAGAGGGAUAUACGCUGGAGCCCAUACCUAAUGCUUGCUGUGGCCGUUGUGUAGCAACUGAAUGUAGCAUCCGACGACCUGACAGACAGCUGGUCACUCUGAAAGCAAAUACAACACGUACAGAUGGCUGCACUAAACACACAUGCAGUGUGAAUAAGGAUGAAGAACUGGUGCUGGAGACGCUUGUGACAACAUGUCCCCCGUUUGACCGUAAACGCUGUCUGGAACAUGGGGGUAAAAUAAGCCAGAUUGGAGACACCUGCUGUGAGAUGUGUACUGAGCCAGAAUGCAGAAGGACUGUGGGUUUGCUGAAUUACAUUAGAGUGGAUGACUGCCAAUCAGAAGAAAAGAUAGAACUCACUUACUGCGAGGGAAAGUGUGGCAGCAAGUCUAUGUACUCACUGGACAAGCACAAGGUCGAGAGCGAGUGUGUGUGUUGCUCGGCUACAGGCACCGUGCCCAUGAAUGUUCCCCUUCGCUGUGCUAACGGCACACAAACACACCACCAAGUCCUUGCCGUCACUGGCUGCGACUGCAUGUCACACGCCUGUUCGACCGACUGAAAGCAGACACACCCACUUGAUAAAAUAACAUACAAGUGAAAAACUGCUACAAUACACUUUCAUAUAUGCAUCUACAGCCAGUAUGUUGCUCAGUACAGUUUGCUCAGUGGAGUAACCGCUGAUAAUUGAGCACUUUAUCAUACAUUUCUGUUUUUAUUUCAACAUAUAAACCAUUAAGACUCAUCAUUAAUCAAUAAACAAUCAUUCCUGAUUACUGCUUUCCCAUUUUGCCACUAAACAAUCUGUCUAUACAAAUAUAUUCUUGAUCGUGAACAACUAUUAUGUGUGGUUGUAGUUUAUGGGUGUUUAUAGACUGACCUACAAUAAAGAACAAGUACUCAACUUGUACCACUCGGUGGUGCUCUGGACAAUUGAA